AUGAGUCACCACCCACGUCAAGUCUUGAGUCCUGGGGCGUCGCGAAAACGCAAAGAGAGAGAAGCAUUUUACUCCGUUAAACCGUUAAAACAAACGGUGAAUAUUUCUGUUACUACUACGACGUCGUCUAAAGCAGCUGAGCCUGUUUCGUCUAAUCGGCUUCUAGCUGGAUACAUGGCUUACGAGUUUUUAACAAAGGGUACUCUGUUGGGUCAGAAGUUUGACCCGGCUCGAGCCGGGGCUGUGCCGGUUGUCGCAACUGAGCUGAGGAGGCAUAAGCAGGUGCAGAGUCAGAGUUCGGAGGCCGAGCCGAGCGGGAGAGUAAAACCGGGUCCGAGUCAGACUUAUGCUGAGGUAGCGAAUUUGAUGAAGAGUGAUGGGGAUGGGGUCCACAUACCGGGGAUUGUCAACCCUACGCAACUCGCUCGGUGGAUUCAGAUGUGA